AUAUCAGCCCAAAGCCCAAUAAUAAUCAAAACAAAUUUGUUUAAUCGAAUAAUUAUUUAAUAAUAAUUCUAGGGUAUGUUUCGGGGCGUUACAAGAAGACUAGCGCGGAUUUCUUUCUCACCCGGAAGACUGAGUAUGACUCUUCCGGAUUUGUCAGCUAAGAACUGGAUGCCUCAAGGAAGACCGGAAUUCUCAAAAAGCGGACAAGUUGAGUCUACCCAUGAGACAAUGGGAACAGAAGCUGCUGCCUCAAUGAAGCCUCUGCAGGAAAUGGUUGAGUCUAGCCAUGAGGUAAUGGAAAUAGACGCUGCUGCUUCUAUUAAACCUCUGCAGGACAAGGUCGUUUCUCCCCCGAAGGAAUUGGGAGACGAGGCUGAAAUUAUUGAUGCCCAUGUGCAUGGAAAGAGAUUGAAAACGAAGUCAGCCAGUUUGAAGUCUCCACAUACAACGGACGGGAGGAAGAAAAAGAAAGCCGAUGAACUCUUAUCUAAGCCGCCAACUAAAGGAGAUCUUUUGGAAUUUAAGAGCUUCAUCGCAAAAGCAAUUAAAACUGACCGCCCUGUACAAUGCUACCUCGAGCAGCACAAGGAGCAUGAGGAAUAUGUGAAAACCUGGUGGUCUGACCUUAUCACUCCAGUGGAGUGGAGCAUGGUUGAUUCUGUGUUGUUUCCUUGUGGAAAACACGAGAAUAACCACACCAAUUGCUUCCCUAUAAUGGAACAUUUCCUGCAGUGGAGUAGAGCAUGGUCAUUGCUUCUCGCUAUCAUCCACGGGAGGAGAGAUUGGAUAUAUAUACUCGGAUUGGGUGCUAUCCAGUCCGAGUUGUUCUUGGAGAUGACGGCAAGCAUCGAUUCGCUGCCGAGAAUGGAUGGAGACACUUUCUUUAUGACCACCAAUGCAAACAUAUUUGCAAAUGGCUUUGAAGAGGAAAAAACAGAUGUAACUCUGAUAGGACCCAACAUGCAGCCCGUGGUCUGCACACUCAAGGUUGAUUGUAUUGGUGAUGGGUUCCUGAAGAGAAUGUGGCAUUACUUUGUUGAUUCGAAUGGUUUGCGGGUUGGGGACAAGCUUGUGAUGAGGCCGGUGGGGAACAACACCUUUAUGGCGGGAGUUUACCGUCAUCUUAGACGCUUUGGAUAUUCUCCAUACCAAGACAAUUGUGGGGAUUAUUAUGAACCUCAUGGUGAUCAAGAUGAUUAUGACAAACAAGGGCCAAUGUACGAUGACCAGCUAGAUCCACUUAUUGAAGAGAUUUUGUGGACUGAGGAAAGAAUACUUAAUCUUGACCUAGCAUUAGUAAUGGAGUGUUCAUUAUUUGAACCACCCAAUUGCCGUGAUUACUCUCUGACUCGUGAAGAGCAAAUCGAAGCAAAUAGAGAUGCAAUCCAGGCGAGAGAACGAUUUCUCAAAACAGUCAAAGAAGAACACCAACUGCUCCAAACCCAGAAAGAUAACGAACAACGUGAAUAUUGGGAGCAUAUGCAAAAGAUGCUGGAAGACUUUAAGAAGGCUAUGGAACAACAAGAAGAGUUGGAGGAAAUUGUUGUUCUAGAAGAGGAUGAAGAAUCUGAGACAGAAUCUGAAAUUGAAUCCAACAAUGUCUCAAUUCUUGAAUAUCAACCAACUUCAUCACCAUUGUAUAUCGAAAACAAGAUAACACUUGCAGAAAUGAUUGCACGAGGUACAGUGGUGAUGCUUCCUGAAAGCCCAAAAAGUCAAAUCGUACAAAAGGUGAAGCCUACCGAGGGUCCUGUCUCGGAACCACCUUCACCCGUUGCACCAGAAACGUUGGAGGAAUCUGUCCUCCUAACAUGUGUUGAAGACACUUCUCCAGAGAAACCUGUUCUGGAGAAAUUUGAGCCCACCACCAACCCUUUUGAUUGUGAAGACUCAAGGGAAGGACAUGUUGUAAUCAUCGAGCCCGCAACUGAAAGUCAGCCCAUUGAAUACUUGGAGAGCCAUGUACUGGCGAUUAAGGCCAAUGAUGUGGAUACACCGAGGACACUCUCACCACCACCCAUCCAAGACGAGUAUCCUCCAUUUUUCCUGUUGCCACCACGCCACAGGAAUGAGUCAAAGAUCCUGGACUUUGACUACAAAAGAACAGGACAAAGGUGGCAUCAGAAGAGAGUCAAAAAGGUGGAGUUUGGAAUCAGGAAUGCUGGUGAACCAUUUUGACUCAACAAAAAAAAGAGAAAUGACUAACUUUUGUGCAUAAAAUUUUUUGUAAAAUCAUUUUUCAAAGAAAACUUGAGAAUUGUC